AUGGAUGCAUAUUACUGCGCGGAAUGCACACGUCUUGAAAAAGACCGUGAUGGAUGCCCUAAAGCGAUCAACUUAGGACAUACACGGAUGGACGCUAUGUUUAACCAGAAAAUGCAAAAUACAUUCCAACGGGGCUAG